AUGGAUCUUCAAACCCUAUACUUUACAUCCAUUUUCUCCCUAUUCAUUUUUAUGCUUAUGGCACACAAAAUAGUGACCAAGAAAUCUGAGUCAACUCCAAAUUUACCACCAGGGCCAUGGAAGCUACCUAUCAUAGGGAACAUACACAACCUUGUUAGCUCACUUCCCCAUCGUAGGCUAAGAGAUUUAUCAGCAAAAUAUGGACCCUUAAUGCAUCUGAAGCUUGGUGAGGUUUCUACCAUUGUGGUCUCAUCCCCAGAGUAUGCUAGGGAAGUGUUGAAAACCCAUGAUCUUAACUUUGCAUCAAGGCCUCCUAUCCUAGCUUCAAAGAUACUUAGUUAUGAUUCUCAGAACAUAGCUUUUUCACCUUAUGGUGAUUAUUGGAGACAACUAAGGAAGAUUUGUGCAUUGGAGCUAUUAAGCUCAAAACGUGUCCAAUCUUUCCAACCAGUGAGAGGGGAAGAGCUCACUAAACUCAUCAAAUGGAUUGCAUCAAAAGAAGGAUCACUCAUUAAUCUCACCAAAGAAGUGACUUCAACAAUAUCUACAAUCGUUUCAAGGACAGCCCUUGGGAAGAAGUUCAGGGAUCAUCAACAAUUCCCAUCACUGAUAAGGGAAGCCAUGGAGGUUGCUGGAGGUUUUGACUUGGGAGAUUUGUACCCUUCUGCUAAAUGGCUUCAACACAUCUCUGGGUUGAAGCCUAAGCUAGAAAAGUUGCACCAACAAACUGAUAGGAUAGUGCAAAACAUCAUCAAUGACCAAAGAGAGGCUAAGUUAAAGGGCCCAAAAGGCCAGGGUGAAGAAGCAGAAGAAUAUCUUGUAGACGUGCUCUUGAAGCAGGAGUUUUGCUUAAGUGAUGAAAGCGUCAAGGCUGUGAUCAUGGAUAUAUUUGGAGCUGGGAGUGACUCAUCAUCUACCACAAUAACAUGGGCAAUGGCAGAGAUGAUUAAAAAUCCAAGAGUAACGAAGAAGGUACAAGCUGAGGUAAGAGAGGUGUUUGAUAAAGAAGGAAAGCCUGAUGAAAGUGACAUGGAUAAACUAAAAUAUUUGAAAUCAGUUGUGAAAGAAACAUUAAGAUUACACCCUCCUGGUGCUAUUUUGCUUCCAAGAGAAUGUGGACAAGCUUGUGAGAUCAAAGGGUAUCAUAUACCCGUGAAAAGCAAGGUCCUAGUCAAUGCUUGGGCAAUUGGAAGAGAUCCAGAUUAUUGGAAUGAGCCUGAGAGAUUUUAUCCUGAGAGGUUCAUUGAUAGUUCUGUUGACUACAGAGGUAAUAAUUUUGAAUACAUCCCAUUUGGUGCUGGAAGAAGAACAUGCCCAGGCGUCACGUUUGGCUUGAUCAACGUUGAGUUUCCACUAGCAUUAUUGAUGUAUCAUUUUGAUUGGAAACUUCCCAAUGGAAUGAAAAAUGAAGAUUUAGACAUGACUGAGACUUAUGGAAUUGGAGUUAGUCGAAAAUAUGAUUUACGCCUGAUUCCGAUUACUUCUCAUGCCUGA